AUGCUGGCCGAAACAGAGAAGAACCGUUCGAAGAAGAGCAGUCGGGAUGGAAAUGCAACAUCAUCAGAAGAGAAUGGAGAGCCUCCAAAGAAGAAGGUGCGAAAUUAUUCUGGGAGGCCAAGGAAGCCAAGUGGUGGAUCUCGAAAGAAGGCUACUGCAGCUCUGCCGCCCGUCCCUCUUUCUCCGAUACCAGAGCUCUUUACAUCUCCCAUGGAAAAAUUCAAGGAACCGUUGGAUGUUCCACAAGAUGCAACUCCUCAACCAGUUGAAGUACCUGCAGAGACCACGGAGCAACUCUCUAUAUCGUUUAAUGCCGAGAUCUUCUCCCCGGAAAAUGAAAACUCUCCGGCCCCUCAGACUGUCAACUCCACCAUCAUGGCAUCAUCUCCUCCGAUUGCACCAGAGGAAACCGCCGAAGAAAUCAACGCCGAAUUUUCACCAGAGCCUACAAGUCCGGUCCUGCCAUCGUUGCCUCCUAACGAAGAUGCUCAACAUGCGUCGCAAGAGUAUCAUCAGGACGUGGAGUCUCUGUUUGAGGAUCCAAAUUUUGAAGAUGUCAAACCAGAUGUGGCAAAUAUCGGGUCGCCGUUUGUCGAGUCCCCUGCGCGGCCUCCAAUCACAACGACAGACCAAGAAACCGCAUUAUUGACAGCCCUGAAAUUUCCCACUGUUAAUAGGCUAAGUACAUUGCCUGAUGACAUGACUGAAACUGCAGCACCUUCCCCCAGCACAUUCAGCGAAGUCCCAAAACCAAAACCAAAACAAAAGCGAAAAUACCCUAAGAAAGCCAAGUCAGUAAUAGAUCCCGGCACUAUUAAUUCGGAUGCCGUAGCCUCUAGCGAUAUCGGAGAGGAUGGAGGGAGGAAAAUAAAGCGAUCAAAAAGCGAGAAAGCUGCUCGUACAGCUGCCAAUGUGAAAGAACGCAUCCAUGCUCAAAUGCUUGCCGCGAUAGAGCAAGGAAAGAUGCCGAACUUUUGCAUGAAUUGUGGGGCUAUCGAAACACCCACCUGGCGAAAGGUUUCAACGAAGGAUGACAGCGAAGAAGCAGAGGUGGAAGGUGAUGCUAAAUCAAAGAAAGACAAAGACAAAGAUUUACUACUUUGUAACCCAUGCGGAUUGUGGUAUGGCUCGCAUAAGACCAUGCGGCCCCAGGAUUACUGGGAUGGGAAGAAGGAAGAGCCUGCACCAAAAAGGCCGCGACCAAAGAAGAAAAAGGCCUUGCCAACCCCUGCUGCUUCAAGCCAAGCUCUAUCUCAGCAUUCAGAGGUUUGCAUAGAACCGAUUGUUGUACCUGAUGAGGAUGAAGAGGAACUGCCGAUGCCUCCUCCUCAAGUACCAGUGCAAAAGAGGCAUUCCAUGACACCCAAAGGGAACAGGUCUGUUAGAGGCAGUGACCCCGAUUGGGAAGCAGCUUCAGUAGCGUCGAGGCGUGUCGUUCAAUCCAGCCCUGCCAAGCGCGGCCUCAGCGCAGACAGCCCCAUCGAUUUGGAAGCUGACACAAAUAUACAAUCUCCACGGCGACUUCUGUUUCCCGUUAAAGUAAUCCCUAAUUGUUCGUCUAUUCGAAAAGCAUUAAAACCUGGGAAUGCCACUCACCCCAAAGGUUUAGGAUCCGAACUUGAGAAGGAAAAUCGUGUUCCCGAUGCUGUUUCUCCUGACAAUGGGAGUGAAGAUCAACGACUAGCCACACCCAUUAAAAAGAGGGGUGUUUCCUUACAGCCUAGGACGCCUUUGAGCUCACCUAUGAAGCCUGGAAAACUGAUUUCGCCAUCUCCGUGGAACGCUGAUAUUUUCGCUCCUGGGGGGAAGAGAAAGGCAUGCGGUAGCCUUGUUCAAGCCACUCCUGAAGGACAGACCACCCAGACGGCAGUUCAGUCCUCACUCUCUCCCACAUCGCAACUCCUAGAAAAAAUCAUGACAAUGGCAGAUCCUAUGACACUCCCGCUAGACCUCGGUGCCCAUUUACCGGACGAUCUCCCCAGACUCUCUCCCUUCGACACCACCAACAAUUUCGAUUUUGGCGACAAUAUAUUUGAGACAGACAUGACUAUGCCAAGUUCGCCGCCACCUUUAUUCAAUCUUGGUGACGGAAUGGAAGAUGAAGUAAACAGCUGGGGAGGGUUUCUACCAUCCAGUCCAGAGUUCAACGAAAUGGACUAUGGAUUAGAUAUAUUUGAAGAUAUGGGAAUCGCCGCUCCGGUGGAUGGCGAAAGUAUGAAGAGUGAGAAGUCUAGCAGUGCUGGGACGACGCCAGAGGAAGUGGCAAUGACGGUAGACUUUUCAAGCUAUAUUGAUGAGGCUACAAAAAAUCUCGUGGCGAGCACCUGA